CUCCUUCUUAACCUUUCCUAAUGCACCAUCCAUAUCCCUCCCAACUCCCUCUUAAACCCUGUUCUUGAUGAAGUCCAAUAAAAAUUAAACUAAAUGUCAUACAACUACAUCCAAGAAGAAGAUGAUGACGGCUACAUGCCUAUUUCUUCAAAAAAAUUAGACAAAGAUAAGAAGCAAACAGAUGGAGACGAACAGAAGAGCAACAGUUCUGACACAGAAGGCGAUAUUACAAACAUAUUCGGACUUUUUGAAUUUGAUGUUUUUAAUUUGGUCUAAUUUAAUGGUUCUUAACGAUUAUUCAAAAGAUCUUCCCUAUCCUACUGAACCAGCUAUAAACUUUAUUACCUCAGAGAGCUCAAAAGGAUACCCUUCAGAUGUUUCUACUGGAGUUGCAGUGGGAGUUCCUAUUUCCCCUGGUGCUCCACAGGAAGAAACAAAGAACAUGCAAGUUGCCUCUCAGCAAAGAGAGAUUUCUGAGUUAAAACAAAUGAUUAAAGCUAGUGAACAGAGAUGAUGGCUUAGUUAGAGAAGAAGUCUUGCUGGAACAAAGAAUUGCUAUUAGGGCAGAGGGGUAGGGGAGUGUAGGAGGAGAGAGCGACAAAGAAGGGAGGUUAAUGAAGCGGCCUGACUCUGUUGUAUUAUGUGCUUUGUACAGUUGUUAAAAGCAGUUGUGUCUGGAAGAAAUAGAAGAAAUUAAGGAGGUGGGAGAUGAGAUUUGGUUAAAGGGGUUGUGUUAUAAGCAAUUAUAUCCCAAUUCUGUAAUAGGUUUCCUAAACAUAAAAUUUGCUAAAAUC